AUGCACCAGCCUAAGUCUCUUCAGGAAAUACCUGAGUUCUCCAAGAACACCAAGCCCGCUGCCUUGCUCGAUACUCCGGCUGCGACGAACGUCUCGUCUGAUGUCUCCACUCCUGCCAUUCUCCAGGGCAUGCCAGUGGGCGAGAUCGAUUUCAAUGCUGCUUUUGAAGGUGUUCCAGGUAUGGAUGCCAUCAUGACUCCUAACGGCAUGCCGGAGGACCAGCAGUAUCAUUUUGAACCCAAUGCGUUCGAUCUCAUGCAUCAGAUGCAGAACGAUUACAACAAGGCUGCCCUCUACCAGCAACUCAGCCUUCCCGAGGGUCAGAUUGGAGAGAACUUUGAGUUCACUGACUUCAUCUCUGAUUGCUUCUAA